AUGGCAUUGGUGAUGAUGCUUCCUCAAACAAAUGAUUCAGAAGAUACAACAAUUAUCAAACUCGAAUCAGCAUAUUCUGAUUUAGAAUCACUUCUUCAAACAUCAAAACAAAUGGAACAAAACAUGGAAACAAUGGAAACAAGGUUUGAUCUUUUACAAGGAUCAAUAACAACAGCAUCAAGAAGAAUCAACCCUUUACAGUCUUUGUCCAUGUCAAGAAAAGCACUUGAUACAAGAAUCAACAGAGCAAUUUCACCAGCUCUUGCACUUCUCGAAACAUUCAAACUCGCGGAAUCGCUUCAAAACAAUCUCCUUAACCUCUCUUCAAAGCUAUCAACUGAAAACUCACAUCAAAAGAGGCUUCAGAAGCUUCUUGAUUACAUGGAUUGUGUUGAUCAGUUGAAUUCAGCUAUAAACUCUAUAUGUCAAGUCGUUGAACCGGUUAUUAUGAGGCUUCAAGAAGUGGUUGAGUUUAUAAGUAGAACAAAAGCUGCUGACCAAUACAGAACACAGAGGUUAAGAGAAGCACUUAUAACUCUUAAAGCACUUUAUGAAACUGAGGUUGAUGAAAUGAGAUUUGAAGGAUUGUUGGAUCAAGCUUUGCUUCAUAUGCAAGAUGAGUUUGAGGCUCUUUUGCUUAAGUUAAAGCAUAGGAAGUUGGGUCAAUUUUCACACAUGCAACAUGUUGGUGGUGAUGAGAGUGAUGAUGAUUUCAAGGUUAGCUUUGAGCUUGGAUCUGACUUGGAACUUGAAGUUCUGAGAAGAAUUUCUAACACUCUUGCUGCCAAUGAUUGCUUAGAUAUUUGCAUCGACAUCUAUGUUAAGAUAAGAUAUAAAAGGGCUGCAAAAGCAUUGAUGAAGCUAAACCCGGAGUACCUAAAAACAUACACCCCAGAAGGAAUUGAUGAAAUGGAAUGGGAAAACUUGGAAACAUCAAUAACCCUUUGGACACAACAUUUUGAAGUUGCAACAAAGAAAGUUCUUUUAUCAGAAAAGCAACUUUGCGAAAGGGUUUUAGGCGAAAUCAUCGAUGGACUAAUCCAUCCAGAAUGCUUUGUGAAAAUAUCAGACAAGAUCAUGGCUGUGUUCUUUCGAUUUGGAGAAGGCGUGGCACGAAGCAACAAAGAGCCACAAAAACUGUUUAAACUACUAGACAUGUUUGAGUCAUUGGAGAAACUUAAACCGCAUGUACUUGAAAUCUUUGAUGGAGAAUCCGGUGAGGAUAUCUGCGCACGGUUUCGCGAGCUAGAGAAGCUAAUCAUUGAUGCAUCAAGCAAAGUUUUUUGGGAAUUCGGGUUGCAAAUAGAAGGAAACGUCGACGGCUUUCUUCCGCCUCCACAAGACGGUUCGGUUCCAAAAAUAGUAAGAUAUGCUGUUAACUAUCUUAAGUACUUAUCCACGGAGAAUUACAGAACAACAAUGGCUAAAAUUUUAAGAACAGAACAAACAUGGAAAACCGAGUUGAUGUUAUCAUCGAAACACGAAACGGAUGAAGAUUUAUUGAAGUAUGCUAUUAGUAAUGUAAUGGAAGCACUUCAAAGAAACAUAGAAUCCAAACGUUUGAGUUCUAAAGACAAGAUUUUGAUGAAUAUUUUCAUGAUGAACACGUAUUGGUAUAUGUAUAUGAGAACAAAAAACACAGAACUUGGUGAUUUGUUGGGUGAGAAAUAUAUAAAAGAAAGUUACAAAGCAGUGGCAGAAGAAUCAGCUUACUUGUAUCAGAAGCAAGCUUGGUUGGUUUUGGUGAAGAUUUUGGAUCAUGACAUUGAUUUAAAGGAACAAAACCAAGGGAAGGAAAAGAGACUUGGAAGGCUGGUGAAUGAAAAGAUUGAGACAUUUUUCAAGUGUUUGAGUGAGAUUUGUGAGAGGCAUAGGAGUUUUUAUAGUAUACCUGAUGUUGAUUUGAGGGAACAAAUGAGGGAUGCAACAGUGAAACUUGUUGUGCCGAUUUAUGCUGAGUUUUUGGAGUCUUAUUCCGGAUUUUUACAAAGGAAAGCUUAUCCUAGUCCUCAAAGGAUGCAAGGAUUGCUUGGAAAAGCUUUUGGUUCUAAUAAUGAUUGGAAUUUGAACGAUGCUCGUAACUCUCGUUCGUUGGAAACUGAUAUCCAACGGUCUAGAUGA